AUGAAACUUAGCGCCGGCAGCCCAUCCGCCGAAAACCACGCUCAUCCGCGAGCGUCCCUUGUGCCCUCAACCGGAAUCUACGAGGAACCUGUCUGGGGCGGUUUCCCCGACACGAACUUCUCCUUCGAGGUGCUGAAGGGCGGAACGGUUAUACAGGUCAUAGAAUGCAAGGACAGGACCCAUCUGCGACUUGGCCGAGCCCUUGACAACGAUGUCGUCCUCGAACACCCAUCGUCGUCGCGCUUGCACGCAGUGUUGCAGUUUCGCGAGGGCACGUCAGAGUGUUUCGUAUUCGACGCUGGGUCGACGCACGGCACCUUCGUGAACAAGCGCAGGCUGAAACCUUGCAUGCACGCGCCAGUGUUCGCCGGUGACCAGAUCACAUUCGGCAAGUCCAGUCGCGUAUUUGUAGUUUCUGGCACAACUGGCCUCAUGCCAGAGGAGGAUCCGUCGCAGAUAGAGCGGAUACGACUGAAAACUCGAGAACAGCUGUCAAAGUCUAAGUCUGAACACGAAUUGCAGUCGACUACCUUCAAGUCAGAGAGUAGCGCCAAAGGUUCCGAGUUGGGCAUCACGAAGGACGAUUUUGAGCGAGACUUGGAUGCAUUCGACUGGAGAGAAUACGGAGGCUCGUUUACGGAAAAACAGAAAACGGAACGAGAAAGGAUCAGGAAAAGCGAACUCAAGGUAAAAAAUUUGCGUUCCGAGUUAGACUGCAUACGUGCAAAGGAGAGAGGGGACAACCCCCUGACGGUAGGGCAACGAACGCAAAUAUUCCGAAAUGAGGAGGCACUGCAUUUGCUUGAGGAGAAUAUUGACGAACGAGAUGAGGUGCUUAAUGAAUCUAUCCGAGAGUCGAUAAGAGCGCAACACGCAUGUGCGCAAAAAAAAAGAUCGAGAAGGGUGGAAAAAGAUAAAGGACUCAAAGGGGAUUAUCUUUCGGACAACGACGACGAAUUCUACGAUAGAACCACGAUGGCAACAGCGCAGAGAUUGAAGAAGCAACGCCGAGAGUCCGAUCAAAGGGAUGGCAUAAAUAUAGACAAUAUCUCAUCUGUGGGUAUUGGGACAGCGGAGUCUGUAUCAACUUUACGGGAGAAGCUCCAAGGAUUGGAAACCACGAUGCAAGAGCUUGAUGCAAAGGUGGAAUCUGUGCAGGAACAUUUAUUCUCUGUUGAAACGGCUGACAUUUUCACGAGAGAUCUAAAUAAUGCAGCUACGGACGAUCUUGAGAAGUUCAUGGAACAAAGUCCUGCAAAAAACGAGAACAGAACUCUGCUUGGGCUUGUGAGGCAAGUGGCAAGUGUAAAUACAGAGUUUGAGCGCUUGACUCGAUUGCUACAACUAGCAGAUCCUCAUGGAGAAUAUAAUCCGGGUUCCGUGCGUGCACGCACUAUUGAAAAGCUUUCAUGCACAAAUAAAAUAUGGUCGGCAGCGAAGAUCGAUGCACCCCAACGCCCAACUCAUGCAAGAAUCGCGAAUACUACAGCUGCAGCGAACACGGAGAAGGACCGGAAGCAGUUGAGUCUGUGGGAAGAACAGGGCAAUCUCCAGGCAAAGAGACGUUUCUUGGGCAAGUCUACUGUCGAGGAUACGUGAAGGACUCUCUCUGUUCGAUAAUAGUAAAUUCGUAACGAAGAAGUCAAAAGGCAUCAACGUCUGCCUUGAGCUUCAAAGACCCGGAGGAAAACAUGAAGGGACAACUGUGACAGUUUUUAGACCAACAGGACUCCCUGGAAUGACACCGAAGCAAAUGUAUCGGGUGAGCUGUUUUAUUUGACGGCUAGGAACAUUUUCACUGGGUCGAAUGUGUUUGAUUAUCGCAAAAACGGGGAUGGGUGAACGAACAAUUCAAGUAAGCAAUUGUCGUGUUGGUCGGGACGGCCGUGCAAGAGCCAAAACUUACUAAAGAUACUAAUUUAUUUAUUAGAGCUGUCUAGAUUAUAUAAUAGCUACACUAGGCGAUGGAAACUAACGCUGAGUAGAUUCCACC